CAGCUCCCGUGCGAGCGUGGAUUGGUUGCUAUGUAAACACUGCAGGAAAGAUGGCGGCCUCCAGGAAAGCACUCAGGAUGUCCAAGCAAUACGCGGGUGAUGUGAAGAAGCAGCUCCGGCACGGAUAUGGAAUUUACGUUUACACAAAUUCAUUUUUCCGCUAUGAAGGAGAAUGGAAAGAUGGUAAAAAACACGGUCACGGGAAGCUUUUAUUUAGAGAUGGAAGUUACUAUGAAGGGGAGUUUGUGCACGGAGAAAUUACUGGAAACGGACUGCGUUACUGGGCAACAUCAGGAAACAAAUAUUCUGGUGAAGUCCAAGAGGGGGAACUUCAUGGACAUGGUGUCAUGCAAUACAAAGACGGUGGGCACUAUGAAGGAGAGUUUGUUUUUGGAAUAAGAGAAGGGCAUGGUUUGUUGAAGGACCAAGAUGGACAAACGUUCUCAGGAGCUUUUCACAACAACAAAAAGUAUGGAGAAGGACAGAUGAGUUACCAGAAUGGAGAUCAUUAUGAAGGAAACUGGGUGCUGGACCAACGUCAAGGACAUGGAGUGCUGCACUGUUUAGAUGGAACCAUUUAUGAGGGACAGUGGAGAAAUGACGUCUUCAGUGGACAAGGAACUAUGAUUCAUUGCUCGGGAGUAAUUUAUGACGGCCCAUGGAUCAAUGGCCAUCCUGCUGACAUUGCAAAGAAGAUAGUUAUACUGGGAGGAGAUAUCAUUGAUGUUGUCCAAGGGAUAUCUGUAACAUUCCAUGUACAGCUACAGACAGAAGAUGGUGAUAUUGCAGAAAAGGAAAAUGGGCGUGUUUUAAGAAUAAGGGCCGGAAUAAAAUACACACCACCUGCUAAACCACCAAGCACUAAUAUUCUGGAAUUGAUUGAAGAUUUUGAAGACAAGCCCUUUCAAACUCCUUUUGGCUAUGAAUGUGUGAACUAUCCUUUGUCAUGUAUGACCCAUGAGAAGUUGAUGCAGGAGGACUGUAAUGCCAUAUCUACUCAGCCCGGACUAGAAUUAUCUAGUGCCCAGAUGUCAGUGGAUGAAAGUGAACCUCUCUCCGAGAUUGCAGGAGAUCCCCCUGGAGGACAGCAUGAAUACCCCAAAAUCUCCAAAAGCGAAGAGGACAUCUCUUUACCUCCUCCAAAUAAAAGAGUUGAAAAGGGCCAUGCUGUAUUUGAAGAUGUCGUGUUUGGACCACCACCAUCACGAUUCCUCCAUCUUUUCGAAGAUGCUGACAAGCCGCAAAGCAGGAAGAAAGCAAGUGGAAAGCUAUCUGCAGAAAAAACUGAGAAAAUGACAGUCUCACAAGAAAAGAUUGAAGACAGCAGAAUGGAUGCCAUCAAUAAAGAACGCAGGAUUAAGAAAGAGACCAAUAUUCUGGACAAUAACAGCAAUACCAGGACAGGAGAAUAUGUGAUCAUGGUUGAAGACAUCACCAGUCCGCCAUUCCUGGGUCAUACCCUCCAAACAGCCUUCAAACCUGUCCGACUUAUUCCUGAUAACGGCAAAGGAAAGAAUAACCGGAAGUCAGAUAUGCUUACUGUUCCUAACUCAUGAAAUAGUCUUCUGUUUUCAUUUGGUUAUAUUUAUUAUAUAUAAA